GAAAAUCGUUCAUCUCGAGGUUCAGAGCAUUGUUUUUCGCUACAUGGCUACGCAAGGGAACCCAGUUGCCCUGUUGCAAAAAAUAAUCCACGCUACAGUGUAACCAACCCAGGAAUCCACAUGUAUCAACGCUCCAUAGAGGGAGGAGCUGGCCCAGAGAACGCGAGUUUGGGUGACAAGUUAGCUACUGAGCUAGUUAGCAUAGGAACAGGUCUGCCGGAAACCAUGUCUGAGUCCUCUGAACUUUUGAUGCAGUGUGAUGAGGAGGACCUUGACCCAUGGCAACAGGUCGAUGAUGAUGCCAGGAGUGAAAGGAAUAAAUUAAAUGCCAGUAAAACCACUAAAUCACCAUCAAUCGUGUCGCCUGCAGCAUCAUCUGCAGCACAAGUGCCAACAGAGGGCAAGAAUGCUGCCUUGCCCAUUGUCAGUGCCACAGCUGUUCCUAUUGGCCAGACGUUAGUGCCUCAGAUUCUGCAACCGCUCCAAGUGGCAUCUAAUAUCACAUCAGGUGUUGGCACACCAGGCCAGCCUAUCUAUAUCACCUCAUCGACUCUUCCCGUAUCGAACUCAAUUGGUACAACUAUGGGGCAGACGAUUGGGUUCAUCUUGAAUGGUCAAACCUAUCUGACUGCUGGAACAAGCCACCAGUUGAUCGCGCCCAAGCCACCAGCACAGACCCCAAUGCAGGUGCCAGUAACUCUCACCAUCACAGGGCCAUCAGGGAUACAGACUGUCAGUGCCCUGGCCACAGCUGGUGUCCACCAACUCAACCUUACCGACUCAGACGUUACCCCGACAUCCUCGGCUGUCAUGCCAACUAGUAUGGCCACUGUGUCAGUAGCUCCUCUUGGUGUUUCCAGUCAGCAGUACACCGCUCCUGCGCCUGUGCUAAGUCCUAGUCUACAUACAUUCCCUGUUGCCUUGGCAAACGGCUCAACUACGGUUAGUGCACGGAGCACCGCCCCUCCUGGUCCCCUGGCUCCGCCCUCUCCUGCAGCUCCGAGCACCAGUACCUUUCAGCUUAGAGUACCUUCAAGUCACUCCAAAGCAGCACAGUCUUGUGCACGGUGCAGAUCCCCAUAUAAGAUGGUUGCCUCUCUGCGUGGGUACAUGUGUAUGUGUAACAAGGUCCUCAUGAAGGCCAUACAAGACCUCGAGCCCACGAAGAAGAAGGACAAACGCUACACUAACCCCUCACACCAAAGGUUUGUGGGCUCUUCCUCCAAAUCCUCUAAAAGACCUCCGGCCCAAUCACUCUCUUCCAGGAUCUCCCAGAGCUCCUCGGAUGAGGAGGAGGAGGAGGAGGAGGAGGAAGAAGAUGAUUAUGAAGAAGAAGAAGAAAAGGGCAGAUCCAUGCCUCAAGAAGAAAAGACGGGGGGUAAACUGAUCAUGCUGGUGGAGGAUUUCUAUUAUGGCUUGGACCGUGGUACAGACUUGGAGAAGAAGCAGCCAGAGGAUGCUGUGAUGUUCAAGUGCCACCUGUGCGAGAAGAAGCUCAAGAAUAAUCUGAAGAUGAUGGUCCACACAAAACAUCAUGUAGAGUCGGACCAGAAGUAUGAAGCAGAGUCCCAGACCACCUGCCAGCACUGUUUCCGGAACUUUCCCUCGCCUCUGAGCCUGCAGUCGCAUGUGGAGAGAGUGCAUAGCCAAGCAGAGUCUUCCACUAAGUGUAGGAUCUGUGAGUUGGCCUAUGAGAACGAGCCAAUCUUCCUGCAACACAUGAAGAAUUCUCACAAACCCGGAGAGAUGCCAUAUGUCUGCCAAGUAUGUGGAUUUCGUUCCUCUUUCUACCUGGAUGUCAUCUUCCACUUCCGCGAUACCCAUAGCAACACGACCCACUUGCUCUGCCCCUACUGCUUGAAGGUGUUCCGCUCCAGCAGUAACUAUCAGCUGCACUACAGCCGCCACCAGAAAAAGUCUGUGUUGCAUUGUGAUAAAUGCCGGUUGCAGUUCCUCUUCGUGAAGGAUAAGGCUGAGCACAAGCACAUGUACCACAACACGCACCGCAAGCCGCUUCAACUUGAGGGGCUGAAGCCUGGUACCAGGGUGACAAUCCGCACUUAUGCUGCCCUGUCGCCAGCAUCAAUCAGUGGUGGCGGUGUGUCUCGGGUGAUCGAGGUGCCAUCAAUGCCCCCUCUAAUUGAGCCAUGGCCCGCCAGACAGCCUACACCCACCCGCUCUAACACCCCCACGUCCCACAUCCCAGAACCCCGUACGCCAACCCGAGCAAAUGCUGCCAACUCCAAGUUUGGCCACAUGUCCCCUCCCAGUAACAUCAGCCCAGCCCCCCUUCUAACUCCCCUUCCCAGUCCCGUUCCCAUCCUUCCCAGGAAGGUCCCCAGUGUGAGUCUGCAGGACGUGAUGACUAAGUUCGAGCAGCAGAAGCCCACAUUGGAAAAGGGUAGCUGCGUGGAAUGCACCUUUGAGAUUCCAAACUAUAGCCAGCAUUACCCCACCUAUGUGCACUGCUCAAUCUGCCGCUACAGCACCUGCUGUUCCCGCUCCUACGCCAACCACAUGAUCAACAACCACGUUUCUCGCAAGACUGGAAAAUUAAGCAAGUACCUGUCCAUGUUUAGGCCAUGUCCAAGGGAUCUAUCAUUGAACUGCCUGUCCUGUCAUUUUACCACUAAAGUGGGUGACAUGAUGGCCAACCAUCUGGUGGAGUAUCCUGAACAUUGUGGAGGCACCUACAAAGCUAGGGAUGGAUUCUCAACAGGAUACAAAAGGUUUGUCAUCAUACCAAAUGAUGUGCUUCGGGAAGGAGAGACGGUUAGUCUUGAUCGGCAGAACAAUCCCUUUGUCCAACUGGGGGCGGAUAGUUCUGAAAGUGCCCAGCCAGCCAAUCACAGCUCUCUUGCCAUCAAAAAGCCUGGAAAGACCAAGAAGCCAGCCAAUGAGGUGGAAGUCCCUGAGAAGUCUCUUUCUGUGGAGCAGUUGAAGAUUGUGCUGUUUGCCCUGUGCUGCGGAGUACCCCAGGCUGCUGCACAGUUCCAAACCCAGCCGGCACUCAUUCAAGCCUGGCUAAUUGCCCGCAAGAGUCAGGGGCCAAGCAAGGGCCGUCGCGGGCUUGGGCCCAGAGCAGCUGACCGGCUGUCUGAGUGGGUUCUGGUGCAGCGGGAACAGCAGCUUCCUGUGAACGAAGAGAAACUGUUCCAGAAGGUGAAGGAGUGUGUGGGUGGUAGUGACCCAGGGUUGUCCCAUGACUGGGCGGUGGACUUCCUGCUGCAGCAUGAGCUGGGCGUGCAGACGGUCGGCACGGCAGGGCGUGUGCUUCCGCAGAGUGUGGAGGAAGGUGUGCGCUCAUUCACACGCUUCAUAAAGAAGCAGGUCGGUGCCCAGGGCUUUGGGCUUGGUAGUGUUGGAGCUGUAGAUGAGCUGGCUGUGUUUAUUGAUCUGGAACAGUUGGACCAGGCUUCGUCCCUUGCUUCUGUGUUUCAACUGUCGGACCCUGGUGAGCCUAUAAUGGAGGUGGUCUUGUCAGCGAUGGCCGAUGGAACGUUACUCCCUGCAAUGGUGUUCCUGACGGGUAACCCACCAUCUUGCAUGGCAGCUGUUCCUGCCUCCGUCUUUCUCGAGGCUCGACCAGAAGGUUUCUCAGACGAGGACCGUCUGCAGCUGUGGCUUUCCAAGGUGUGGCGCCCGUACAUCAACCCCAGCGCGGGGGGAAAGGGCCUACUGGUGAUGGAUCCCUACCGAGGGCACCUGGCUGAUGACUUCCUGGCUUCACUGAACAGUGCCAACACUCUGCCAGCCGUGGUGCCCAAGGCCUGCUCCUGCUGCCUGCAGCCUCUGGAGGCGUGCACCGGCCCGGUGCUCAGAGAGUUCCUGCAGGCCUGCUGGAGUGAACAAGUGGCCACCGCUCCCGAGAGCCUCAUAGGGGCGCAGCCGGACGAGUUGGCUCUUCUGGUGAUUGGAUGGUUGGCGCAGUUGCUUCAGGUGCUGGGGGCUCGUCCAGAGCUGCUGCAGCGGUCUUUUAAAAUGGCGGCGGAACCUUUGGAGACACAGGCUGGGGAAGGGCCCAUGGGUCUGGUGCAAGAGUUGACCAGGGCGCUCCUCCAGUCCACUCCGCAGGAGACUGAGGGCGAAGGGGAAGAUGAUCAAGCAGCCACGCCUGGAUCCUGGCCAUCGCCUUCCAGCCGACAGAAGCUCAAACAGGUGUUUGAGAAAGACAGCGACCUGGAAUCUUUCCAUGGCUUCGAGGAGGCAGACAUGGGAAAAUAAGGCAGACAGGCUAGCUCACCGAACAAAGCCUGUGAACAGUGGUAACAUUAAUUGUAGAAGUAGACAAGGGGGUAAUCAUCGGGUGCUGUGAAUCAUGGUUAGCCAGACCUUUUUGGUUCAAAGAGCUUAAAUGGUAUGAGUUGAGCAAAAUAUCUGCCUUCAUAAUGGGGUUUGAUUGCACCUUUUGAUGUUUCAGACUAUGGAGCCUCCAUAUUCACUCAAACUGCUUUAACUACUGAAGAUAGGACAUAGAGAUAUAAAGCCUUCAAAUGUAAAUUGUUCUCGCCUUAUGCUUUAUCUGUAAAUCAAGAAUUUCCUUUCACCGGAUUUUGUAUUGACACUAUACGUUUUUGUAUCUUUUUUGUCCUUGUUCCUGUCAAAAAGAAUUUGUUAUUUAGAUCACUUUAAAGAUAUCCUGACACAAAGAAUGGGCAUUAAAGGCUUGGAGGGGAAUUUGCCUCAAGUCCUUUUGGGUUCAGUUUGUGCUAGUUUUCUUCCAGACUGUAAUAACAUACUGUAGGAACUGAGAUGUGUAAACUGAAAAUAUAUUUUUUAUAUCUCAUCACAAUCCUAAAAUUGAGCUGUAUAUUUUUGUAUAUUCACUGUUCAGGCCAAGCUAUAGAUUCUGGUGCGUCUUCCACAGGAACAGACAUUGACUAGCUUUUACAAGCACAGUUGGCCACAAAGCUGCUUUUAAAGAUGUAUUUCAAUGGAACUAAUCAAUGAAACUUCAAACCAACAUCAAACCAAGAACAUGCCUUGUAUGAUCAUGUCAACUCUGAAAGGGGUUAAUGUAUCGAGUAUGCGCUAUAGAUUCAGUCCGAUUCCCUGUAGUGUUUCACUUGUACCCUACAUGAUUAGGAUGUGUACAAGUUUACGUUGAAACACAUCUAUGCAUUUUAUUAUUAUUGGGAAUGUAGAGAUAAAGCUCUGAUUACUAUUCUGAUUAAAUGUUAUCUGACCUAAGUUGUUGGUCAAAUCUAAUUGUUAGAACAAUAAUAAAGCCUUUUUUGUGUUGUA